UCCGGGCCCCGGAGUCCGAGACGGGCGGAGACCUCGGCAGCCCCAGGUGCCGGUUCUAAGCAGGCUCAGCGCCGCGCUCCCGGGAGGUCAGUACUCGCCGCCAAGAGCGCGGGAAACCGCCCGCCCAGGAGACCGGAAGGGGCGGGGACGGCGCUGCGGAUUGGCCCCUGGGCGCAACCUCAUUUCCGCGCGCCGGGGAGGGCGGGCCUGGCGCGGGAGGGCGGGCCUGGCGCCGGAGGCCGCGCCGCUCAGUGCGGGGUGGUGGCGGGGAGGUCGGGCGCCGGUACCAUGAGCGAGGCGGACGGGCUGCGACAGCGCCGGCCCCUGCGGCCGCAGGUCGUCACAGACGAUGAUGGCCAGGCCCCGGAGGCUAAGGACGGCAGCUCCUUUAGCGGCAGAGUUUUCCGAGUGACCUUCUUGAUGCUGGCUGUUUCUCUCACCGUUCCCCUGCUUGGAGCCAUGAUGCUGCUGGAAUCUCCUAUAGACCCACAGCCUCUCAGCUUCAAAGAACCCCCCCUUUUGCUUGGUGUUCUACAUCCAAAUACGAAGUUGCGACAGGCAGAAAGGCUGUUUGAAAAUCAGCUUAUUGGACCGGAGUCCAUAGCACAUAUUGGGGAUGUGAUGUUUACUGGGACAGCAGAUGGCCGGGUCGUAAAACUUGAAAAUGGCGAAAUAGAGACUAUUGCCCGGUUUGGUUCGGGCCCGUGCAAAACCCGAGAUGAUGAGCCUGUGUGUGGGAGACCCCUGGGUAUCUGUGCAGGGCCCAAUGGGACUCUCUUUGUGGCUGAUGCAUACAAGGGACUAUUUGAAGUAAAUCCCUGGAAACGUGAAGUGAAACUGCUGGUGUCCUCUGAGACUCCCAUUGAGGGGAAGAAAAUGUCCUUUGUGAAUGAUCUUACGAUCACUCAGGAUGGGAGGAAGAUUUAUUUCACUGAUUCUAGCAGCAAAUGGCAAAGACGAGACUACCUGCUUCUGGUGAUGGAGGGCACAGAUGACGGGCGCCUGCUGGAAUAUGAUACUGUGACCAGGGAAGUAAAGGUUUUAUUGGACCAGCUGCGGUUCCCCAAUGGAGUCCAGCUGUCUCCUGCGGAAGACUUUGUCCUGGUGGCAGAAACGACCAUGGCAAGGAUACGAAGAGUCUAUGUUUCUGGCCUGAUGAAGGGGGGCGCCGAUCUGUUUGUGGAGAACAUGCCUGGAUUUCCAGACAACAUCCGGCCCAGCAGCUCUGGGGGUUACUGGGUCGGCAUGUCGACCAUCCGCCCUAACCCUGGGUUUUCCAUGCUGGAUUUCUUAUCUGAGAGACCCUGGAUUAAAAGGAUGAUUUUUAAGCUCUUCAGUCAGGAGACGGUGAUGAAGUUUGUGCCGCGGUACAGCCUUGUCCUAGAACUCAGCGAUAGCGGUGCCUUCCGAAGAAGCCUGCACGAUCCUGAUGGGCUGGUUGUCACCUACAUCAGCGAGGCGCAUGAGCACGACGGGUACCUGUACCUGGGCUCCUUCAGGUCCCCCUUUCUCUGCAGACUCAGCCUCCAGUCUGUUUAGCCUGCCCAGAUAGCUGCCCUUGCCAUGCAAGCCGGGAGUCUUUACACUCAGGCACCGGGCCUUGUCCAGAAGGAGCUGUAGACACAGUUGUGGUUCAAGUGUCCACAUGCACCUGUCAGUCCCUGAGGGGUGGUGGGCACGGCUGCUUCAUCCUCUUCGAGGAUGCCCGGGACCUGCCAGGGGCACCUUCACCUGGGCCCGUCUUUCUGUUGAGAGGGAAGUGUAACAUAUCUGCCACAGGGAGGAUAAAUUCAUGUAAAGCCAUUUUCUCUUAAAACAAAACAAAGCUUUCUAAGUACAGUCAUUCUCUAGGACUUGGGAAGCUUCUUGCACUUGGAACAGGGCUCAGGUGAGUGGAGCAGUGACGCAUUGCCCAUGAGCUUGCUGCUGCGACCCUGCCCCGUGGCCUCAGUGUCCUUCUUUACUGUCAUAUAAUGUGCGAUCAUACCUUUGUUUGUUGGGGGGGGAUGGAAGAGCAGAGGGAGCACAGCCCAAGGGUGUUGAGGCGAGCAGUGAGAGCCGUGUAAGCCAAGAAUGGAACCGUGUUCCCAAGUGUUGUGUGGGAUGGGGGCGCUCCCAUAGUGCAUAGGAAAAGCACAUUGACUCUAGCGGCUCAGAGAGAACUUUGCUGGGUUUCUUUCUGUGAAUAUCUCCACACUGCCCAUGCUGACCAUGCUGGAAUUGGAUGAUUCUGUAAUUCGGGACCCAUUGCAGGGGUGUGUUCAGUAAUGUCGUGUCUGUGACCUUUGUUCUUGACCCCUAGACCCCAAAAUGUGAACAGUGCACGUGUUAAUGUCAUCUUUGCUCAUGUGUUAUAAGCCCCAAGUUGCUGUAUAUUUUCACAGGUAUGUCUACACACUGGUCAUGAUUUUGAUAAUAAAUAUGAUCAAUUGAC